AUGCCUUUACAGUCGCGCGAGGUCACUACAGGUGGCUUGGAUGACUACUCUUUGGCCGACCUCUGCAGCACGGGACAAGAAAGAUCUGCUGGUGAAGAAUCUCCUGGCGAAGAGCCUGAAGUCAUCCCCCAUAUCCUCAGUAUCCCGAUCGACGUCCGCCUCGAGAUCUUUCGGUAUGUCGCACUCUUCGACACAAAUCGCAGUUUGCGGACCGAAUAUCCACCCACUAGCAACGACACCGCCCAACUAUUCGAUAUGCAACCGCAUCGCCUCUUUGAAGCAUCUGUGUUCCAGCCCAGAGGCAGACAGGAAAUCAACGGCUCUCUGCCCGUUCGAAGCAGCUAUCAGAUCGACACUUCAGUCUUAAUAACAUGCAAGACAUUCUACGAGGAAGCGUCGCACAUUCUAUAUAAAGAGAACAGAGUUGUUGGCAUUAGAUCGGGAAUUCCAGGAUUGGGCGCCAAAUUGAGGAACUACGGCCUACAUGUCUGGGGACCACUACCGCCUUCACGCCUGGUCGGACACUGCGAUAAAUCUGAAUCUCGACGAGACGGAGAGACUGCAGAGCUAAAAUUCAACCCCGUCGUUCUGUUCACAGCUAAGAGCGUCAGACCCGACACCCCAGUCUACCUAUGCAACUACAGUGACGCAGCAGAUUUUGUGCACGCACUGUGGCUUCUCGUCGAAUGUCCUUUCUCACGUGGCAUGCAGUUCUCUUUGAGUAUGGCAGUCAAUCCGGGGAUCUUCACCAACAGAGUUGAUGGAUUACUGAGAAAUGUCGUGCUGCCAUGGCUCCAUACAAAUAUAAACUGUGUGCACUACCAUUUUGCAGGACCGACUCUGGAAUCUGAUGCGGACACAGACGACAAAGACAGGAUCAACCGACGCUUGCAAGCCCUCAAAGAUGAGUAUCGCAGACACAAUGUUAGUGGGCGACCCGCACCGAAUGUCUACGUCUACCAUGCCAUCUGCAACUCCCUGGAACAGGUCAUGUCACAAGCCGAACAGUGUCUCGCCCAAUGCAAUUUCCUGCAAGCAGAACUAUUGUACGAACGUGUGCACUAUGAAGCAUGCGGCUACGUCCGAAGCAGAGCCUAUCGACUGGUGGAAGUUUCGCAGAGAAGCGGGUUCGGUAUCAACCACAUUUACAAGCUCAUUGCGUUCAGCGCGUUUCGACUUUGUGAGCUGCGCAGCGGGGCCUUGACACAGUCGGUCUCCCGACGGCUCAAAGGGUUGACUAUGGCGCUUGAGGCUGUGAAUAUCGACGACACUGGCAGUCAGCACAACGACAGUACUGGCACUGGCAAGAAACAGGAGGAGUCCCGCCCAUCGAUCGCACAAGGCGAAAAGUGUGCCGACAGCAAACCCUAUGAGGAGAAAACACAACAAGCUGCAGAAGCAUGCACCCAAGCCGGUGAAAGCUCCAAAUCCACCGUUUCCACUUCGGCAUCCCGUCACGCUCAACAAACUAUGGCCACCACCCGUCUCGACCCAGCUCUUGCAAAAGAACUCGCUCUUAACCACGGUAUCCUGGCCCUCCAAAUGCCAUGCGUCGCGCCCGUGAUCGAAUGGACCACCCGUCUAACCGCCAUCCUGCUACGCUUGUGUGCCGAACGCGGCGACUGGAGACAUGCUCGAACAUGCAUUCUUCACAUGUUCCAACAUGUCGCGCUGCUGUUCAAGCAGGCCGAGGACAACGAGCACAGACUGAGAUCGGGUGCCACUGCCAAUCCUAGUCUCGACAGGAAAUUGAAAGCUCUGUAUUCUCUCAAUGUCGACUUGGCCUUGGCUGUCGUGGCCGACUGGAGUGAACAGAGGGUUCUCUUGGAGGUUGCUGACAGAGCUCGAAAGGCUAUUGUUGUAUUGUGGGGGACUCGGCUGAAGUAUGCUCAGGGACUAGGGGUUAAUGGUCUAAUUUGGAAUUUCGAUGAGAUGGGGGAUGAGGAUGAGGAUGACUAG